AUGGAGGUCGAUAAUGUGGUAUGUCGUAUUCUUAACUAAAAAUUUAUAUUUAAAUAAUAAAAAAUUUUUGGUUCAGCUUAUGUAAAAAAGUUAGUGUUUGUUUGUUAACAGCUGUAAUAUUUAUAAUUAGUUAGCUAAUAUUUUUUAAUGAAAUUAAUAAAAAAUGUAAUUCUUAUUCGUGGCGAAAACAAUCUUGAUCUUUAGAAUCUUUGAUUUUUUUAGAUAAGUCUCGUUAACUUUUAGGUUGAUGUUAGCGCAAAUCUGAUGCCCCGACGUUUAUGGUCAGUGUUAAUGGUUAGCGGUCUGCUUUUUAUUGUAUAUCUUAGUUUUUCGUCAGUAAUUGGUAGCGACAGUCAGGUACAGAAUGAUAUCCAAAGUCAAAUAAAACACGGUAAGAGUAGUUUUUUUUCAGAUUUUGUCCAGUUUUAAACUCUUACACUUUCGUGUCGAAAGUUAUUGUGAUUUAGUUUGAAAACUUUAGCUAAAUAAUUUUUCCCGUUUUAGAUCCGGACCUAAGCUACGGAAUUGUAAUAGAUGCGGGGUCAACCGGUUCUCGACUAUUCCUUUACGCAUUUACAUCAGGGACGACAAAUGACCUAAUUAGCGUACGACCGGUAAAAGACGAAUUCAACGUUGAUGUCGUGAAAAAAGUGUCACCAGGACUCUCUUCUUUUGAAAACAGUCCGAAUGAUGCGGCCGGAUACUACAAACCUCUACUUGAUUAUGCUUCUAAAUAUAUUCCUGAAGAGUUGCAACCCUUCACACCAGUUUUUAUUUUUGCGACUGCUGGAAUGCGACUUUUGCCUCAACAGUAAGGUUUUUUAAUGAUUUUGAAUUUUUAGUUACAAAAAGUUAUAACAAAUAACACAAAGCAAAUUUUUACAGAAAACAAGAUGAAAUUUUGCGUGCAGUUCGAACUCAACUACCUUCUUUAACUCGUCUUCAAGUAUUGCCCGAGCAUAUUCAGGUAAUAGAUGGAAAAUGGGAAGGAAUUUACAGUUGGAUUGCAGUGAAUUAUGUGUUAGGAAGGUUCAACGUACGUGAAGAUGUUACACAUCACGCUGUGAGGGAUAAAACUGCUGGUAUGUUACAUAAUAAUGUGUUUAAUGUACUUGUUUUGAACGAAAAUUUUCAAAAUUGUUCACUUUUUUCAAAUAAUUCAAAUUUUUACUUUCUAAUUUAGGUAUGAUUGACAUGGGCGGAGCUUCAGUUCAAAUAGCAUUUGAAUUACCGCAGGAUACGAAAUUUGCUGGACCAACGCUACAACAAGUAAACUUAGGAUCGUUGGAUGAUGAUUCAAGGUUUAAGUACAACUUGUUUGUAACAACGUUUUUGGGUUUUGGCGUUAAUGAGGGUUCUAAAAAGUACGACAAAUUAAUUGACAAAAUGAUGGCUGAGAAGCAGACUACUGGAAAUGUUAGUGAAGUGCCAGCUAUUAAAGAUGAUUGUCUUCCAUUGAAUUACAUCAGAGUUUCCUCGAUGGAAGAUGGACAGCAGUAUGUCAAAGUGGUAAGACAUUUUUUAAAUGUAUAUUAGGUUUAUUUAUUAUUUUAUAAUUUUGAUAUAAUAUUUAAUGGUUAUUGUAAAGUGUAAACAGUAUUUUUACAUUUUAGGGUACCGGAAACUGGGACCAAUGUGUUUCUUCUAUAGUUAAAGUAAUUAAAGAAGCUGGUGAUUGUUCAGAAGCUCUUAAGUGUUUCUUUGGUGGAGUUUCAGCACCAACUGUCGACCUAUCUUCGAUUGAAUUGUAUGGUUUUAGUGAAUACUGGUACUCUUCUCACGACGUUCUGUCUCUUGGUGGAAGAUACGAUCACAACAAGUUUGAGGAAAUGGCGCGCAAAUAUUGUGGAACAUCUUGGAAAGCGAUUCGAAAAACAGAAUAUUCGAAGAUUGAUGUAACCCGUCUAGAAGCGCAAUGUUUCAAAUCGGCUUGGAUUCAUGGCAUUCUUCAUGAUGGAUUUCAUGUAUCUGAAUUGAAUAACCAAUUUCAAAGUGCGCUGAAAAUACGAAAUCAAGAAGUACAGUGGGCGUUGGGAGCGUUAAUUUACCAAAUGAGGUAUUUUCCUUUGAAAUUGGCGAAUCGGGAGAUUAUUAAAGCACAGUAAGUUUAUAGUUUAUCUUAUGCUAUGUUUUUAUUGGGUUUACUAUGUUAAUUUAAUGUUGCGUUUAUUUUUAACUAGUUUUAGAUAUGUAAGUGGAAGCUUGCAUAUAUUUUGCACUAUUAUUUAAAUUCUUAAAAAUCUUAGGCACAUCGAGACGAACUCUUCAACCAUCUAUCCAAUCUUAUUUAUUGUUGCUCUGGUGAUAGUUGCAGCGAUGUUGGUACUAAUUGUAACACGGCAACUGAAGUCCGCUAACUCUCACUCAUUUUCUGCUUUUAAAAAAGAGUUUGGAUAUAAAAAGUUGAGUACGGAUAGCGAUUUUUUCAUGAAAGGAGUUAGAAGUUCUCCCAGUUUAUAUCGCGGUUCAAAUUCAGCUGAUGGAAGACUUUAUGCUUGA